UCCCCAACAGAGUUUCUUCUUGACUUGUUCAUCUCUGUGAGGCAAAACCUUGGAAACUCUGCAAAAAUACCCAGAGGACAAAAGGAAAUAUCAGGUAGAAUCAAUAUCGCUGUAACAACCCAUUCCAUAACAAAACAAAGCAUUUCCUAUACAAGAUAUACCUGAAACAAACCUUUAUCUUUUUCCAAUGUAGCCUUAUUAUCUACCCUCUCUUGAUGCAACCGUGGACCAAAGAAGCUUCCCCUUAGGGUAUGCCUGGAAGGGUCAAGAACCAGACCCACUGUUGGCUUGUGAUGCAGCAGAUUGCAGAGCAGAUGACAAUCUCCUACUUGCAGUUCAGCGCUUCAACUGUGGCCACACAUUUCAAAAGUUGUCUUGGUAGUUACUCAAACUGUAACGAUCAUAACUACUCAAUACUGUGUGGUGUGUCAAGUGCUCCAUUUGCUCUGAGCAACUUCCUUUAAGAAUCCAAGAACUUGCAGACAGUUUCAACAAAAGGUUUACUGGCAGGAAAUGAUGAAACUGACGGAAGCAAUGAUAAUCAUGAUGACGACGACGAUGAUGAUGGAAGUGGCAACUCAGAUGAUGAUGACAGUGAUGAUGAUGAUAGC